AUGGAAACUACAAUGGAAAAUACGGUAAAUAAUACAGAAGGACAAUUAACAAAAAAAGAAAUUGAAGCCCAAGAGCGGGCUAAAAGACGAGCAGAAAAAGAAACUCAACAAUUAGCCGAUAAUAAAUAUAGGAUAGAAAAAGUUUUUGAUAAUGAUAGCCACCAAGUAGAAGGAGGUUUUUAUAAUGAUUAUUUUCCGUUAAAGAAAAAUGAUAAAGGUUUUUAUUUAGUAGAUUACACAGUAAGAAAGAUAGAAACAAAAGGCUAUUAUGGUAGUGCGGGUCGUUUUGGCGAUACUAUUAAUUAUCUGGUUAGGCAUUUAAAGAAAGUUGAAGAAGCAGAAGCCCGAGAACGAGAUUUAAAAGAUUUUCAGGAAUUAGGAUGA